AUGUCUCACCUAAUGGACUCUGCGGCGCUAGUAACAGUGGCUACACCUGCCUCGGAUCUCAGUUCGGAGAUUGUUGCAGCCAGUAUAGAUACUGUGGAUCGGGGAGUGACUACUAUUCUUCGGCUAACUGCGACUCGAGUUAUGGCAGCUGCUCGUCGUAGUGAUAACUAG